AUGUGUCUUGUCAAAGUUAAGCAAGAAGAGGACCACAUAGUCCCGUACCGCGUAGUGCAGCGUGCCCGCUCUCCGCCCCGUCGCCGUGUAUCGCGACAUUCGCGCGACAUUGAACGCCGCUACUCGCGCAGUGAGGUUGUUCGCGACUCACCUCCACGGCCCUCGUCAUCCUAUAUUGCCGUGCCAUCGCCAAAACCUCUCCAGAUCCCCGCGCCGCAGCCGGUGCCUGUGUUCAUCCAGCCUUCUCCGCCUCCACCACCACCACCGGCGCCUAUGCCUAUGCCUGCUCCACCACCGGCGCCAAGCCAUAUCUCGUCUCACCAUACUUCCCAUCACGGCGGCGCGCACUACGUCGAGGUCUCUCCGCGAUCUAGCAUCACCUCUCAUACGUCUAGUCUUGACGACCGUAGUGAAUAUGUGUACCGUGAGCGCGAGGUCCGGCGUGAGCGCCAACGAGCUUACAGCCCUGACAACCCACGCUACGAGCACUACCGAUACGUGGAGCCUGCAUCGAGCGAGAGCGAUCACUACGAGAGAUAUCAGACGCGAGACCGGAGCAGACAGCGUAGCCGCAGCCGUGCUGGCUAUGACGAUUCGAGGGGAGGCUAUAGAGAAACCACUAACAUGAGGGUGUCAAUCGGAGAAAAUGACGGAAGGCGGAGGAGGGACUACGGUCGGUAA